AUGGCCGAGAAACUGGCCCCUGGGGACUUGUUUUUCAGGAAGGCCAGGGAGUCGGUGUCUUCCCUGGACUCGGACAAGCUGGCCCCAGCCUCCCCUGAAGGAGCUGGCGAGGAGUCCUCUGACAGUGAGGGCGAGCAGGAGGGCAGCUCUCACAAGCUCAUCAGGAAGGUGUCUACAUCGGGGCAGAUGAGGAGCAAGAAGAGUGUGAAGGAGGGGCUGUUACUGAAGCAGACGAGCUCCUUCCAGAGGUGGAAGAGGCGAUACUUUAAGCUGCGGGGCCGGACACUGUAUUACGCCAAGGACUCCAAGUCACUGAUCUUCGAUGAGGUGGACCUGUCCGACGCCAGCGUGGCAGAGACCAGCACCAAGAACAUUAACAACAGCUUCACGGUGAUCACACCGUUCCGAAAACUCAUCCUGUGUGCUGAGAACCGGAAGGAGAUGGAAGACUGGAUUGGUGCCUUGAAAUCCGUCCAGAAGUGGGAAAUCAAUGAGGCCACGCAGUUCAACAUGGAGCAUUUCUCUGGGAUGCAUAACUGGUACGCCUGCUCCCACGCCCGACCCACCUUCUGCAACGUGUGCCGCGAGGCCCUGUCAGGGGUCACCUCCCAUGGCCUUUCCUGCGAAGUUUGCAAGUUCAAAGCCCACAAGCGCUGUGCUGUGAGAGCCACCAACAACUGCAAGUGGACCACGCUGGCCUCCAUAGGAAAUGACAUCCUCGAGGAUGAAGAUGGGGUAGCCAUGCCCCAUCAGUGGCUGGAGGGAAACCUGCCCGUGAGCGCUCGGUGUGCUGUGUGCGACAGGACCUGUGGCAGUGUCCGGCGGCUGCAGGACUGGAGGUGCCUCUGGUGCAAGGCCAUUCUUCACAGCGCCUGCAAAGAGCUCUUUGGGAAGAAGUGCCCCCUAGGACAGUACAAGGUCUCCAUAAUCCCGCCAACUGCCCUGAACAGCAUCGACUCUGAUGGCUUCUGGAAGGCCACCUGCCCCUCGUCCUGCUCCAGCCCUCUGCUGGCCUUCGUCAACUCCAAGAGUGGUGACAAUCAGGGCGUGAAGUUCCUGCGCAAGUUCAAGCAAUUCCUCAACCCGGCGCAAGUCUUCGACCUGAUGAACGGGGGCCCUCACCUGGGCCUGCGGCUCUUCCAGAAGUUCUCCACCUUCCGGAUCCUGGUCUGCGGGGGAGAUGGCAGCGUGGGCUGGGUCCUCUCCGAAAUCGAUGCGCUGGGAUUGCACAAGCAAUGCCAGCUUGGUGUCCUGCCGCUGGGGACAGGCAAUGACCUGGCGCGGGUGCUGGGCUGGGGCAGUCUCUGUGAUGACGAUACCCAGCUGCUGCAGGUCCUGGAGAAGCUGGAGCGGGCCAGCACCAAGAUGCUGGACAGAUGGAGCGUCCUGACCUACGAGGCGCCCAAGCAGUCACCCCCUGCCAUCAAAGAGGAGGAGAAUGGGGAUUCCUGCAUUCAGGCCCAGAUCUCUCACUACGCCGACUCCGUGGCCUUCCACCUGGCCAAGAUCCUGGAAUCUGACAAGCACUCGGUUGUGAUUUCUUCUGCAAAGUUCCUAUGCGGAACGGUGAACAGCUUUGUGGCCGAGGUUGGCAAGGCCUAUGAGAGGGCCAUCGAGAACAAGCAGGAGGCUGACACCAUGGCUAGGAAGUGUGCAAUGCUGAACGAGAAGCUGGACUCCCUGGUGCGGGAGCUGAACGAUGAAUCACAGGCGAUCGUUGUCCCCGAAGGGAGCGCACAGACUGCCCCACCCGGCCCCGAGGCCAAGGAGAGCAGUAGCAGGGGCAGCUUCAACCCAAACCCUGUCCCCAGGAUCUUCAAAUCCAAGGAGCAGCUAAUGCUGAGAGCCAACAGCCUCAAGAAGGCCCUGCGGCAGAUCAUCGAGCAGGCAGAGAAAGCUGUGGAUGAGCAGAACAAGCAGACUCAAGCCUAUCGGAGCAUCACGGCUUCCAGCAAGGACAGCUUGGAAGAGUUCAGCAAAGAGACCGAAAUCCUUGGUUCCCGGCGGGGUACGGUGACCUCCACGACGUCAUCUAUCUUCCUGGAUAGACCUGACAGCUUCAGCACUGUCCAUUUCACCGAGGAUCCCAACACCAUACAAUUCUCCGAAAGAUGCGUCAUGAAUAACUACUUCGGCAUAGGCCUGGAUGCCAAAAUCUCUCUGGAGUUCAACAACAAACGGGACGAGCACCCCAAAAAGUGCAGCAGUCGCACCAAGAACAUGAUGUGGUACGGAGUGCUGGGGACCAAGGAGCUUCUGCAAAGGACCUACAAGAACCUGGAGCAACGAGUCCAGCUGGAGUGUGAUGGGGUGACCAUCUCCUUGCCCAGUUUGCAGGGGAUUGCCGUGCUCAACAUCCCCAGCUAUGCUGGUGGCAUCAACUUCUGGGGCGGCACGAAGGAGGAUAACAACUUCGGGGCGCCCUCCUUCGAUGAUAAGAAGCUGGAGGUGGUUGCUGUCUUUGGCAGUAUCCAGAUGGCCAUGUCGCGAGUCAUCAACCUGCAGCAUCACCGCAUCGCCCAGUGUCGGAUGGUGAAGAUCACGAUUCGGGGAGAUGAGGGCGUCCCAGUGCAGGUAGAUGGAGAAGCCUGGAUCCAGCCUCCAGGGAUCAUCAAAAUCCAACACAAGAACCGAGCCCAGAUGCUAACGAGAGACAGGGCCUUUGAAAGCACCCUGAAGUCGUGGGAGGACAAGCAGAAGGGCGAGGGCUACCGAGCCCCGGCGCGGCCCCGCCUCAACUCCCAGCAAUCCAUGGAGUACCUGACCGAUGAGGAGUAUGGCCAGAUGCAGCAGAUGGCUCAAGCUGCGGAAACCCUCAUCACCAAGAUCCGCGAGGCAGCCACAACCCACAAAGCCAUGGAACAGGAGCUGGCCCACGCCGUGAACGCCUGUUACCUGGCCCUGAACGAGGCCCUUCCCAACAAGAGCAGCAGCGGGCCCGAGUUUCUGAGCAGAAAUGCGGCCGUGGAUGUGUCAGUUAGCGUGAAAGCCCUUUACACUGAAACCAGAGCUUUUCUGGAAGGAAAAUUGCAGCUGGACUCCCCACAGCAAGAGGAGGGGCUGCAGAGAGCCCUGAACACCGUCAGCCAGGAGCUCCAGAGGCUGCCCGACAUCCACUGGCUGGCGCCCAUCAUCAACUCUGCCGAGGAGGAGAGCUCCGAGAGCAGCAGCAAGGGCAGCCUGAAGCUACGGCUCAACAUUCCCAAGCCCAAGAAGGACAAAGAUAAGUUUCAGAAGGCGAAAUCCAACAGCAUGGUCCCAGUGGAGAAAUGGGGCGCUGAGGAGGUGGCGGCCUGGCUGGACACGCUUGGCUUAGGGGAAUACAAAGACUUUUUUUUCCGCCAUGACAUCCAGGGCUCAGAGCUGAUCCUGCUGGAGAGAAGAGACUUGAAGGAUCUGGGGAUAACAAAGGUGGGCCAUAUGAAGAGGAUUCUCCAGGGAAUUAAAGACAUCAGCAGCCAUCCCUAG